AGAGGGAAGAAGUUAUUGAUUGCAAUUUUUCCUUUGGAUUGCUGGUAUUUACAACUAUAUUUAUUGCUCUAAACAGUGCUUUAUCUGCAUCCCAUAAGUUUGGAACAGUUUUGAUCAAAAGUAACAGUGGACAGUUGAUGUUGGUAUCUCCUCAACAAGCUGUAACAAGACCUGAGACAACAAGUAAUGUAACUUCAAGGCCAACAAAUUCUCAAACAGUCAAAAUUUGUACAAUGCCGAAUUCUAGUUCACAAUUAAUCAAGAACAUGGCAGUGGCACCUGUUAAAAAAUUGGCACAAGUGGGUACUACUGUGGUAACCUCUGUUCAGAAGCCUUCUUCAGUACAAUCUGUGACUGUGCCAACUAAUGUUGUCACAGUUACACCAGUGAAGCCGUUGAAUACUGUAUCUAACUUGAAGACUUCAAAUUUGGGAGCCUUACCUGUCCCCUCAAAUGAGCCCAGUCUCAAAGCAGAGAACUCAGCAGCUGCUCAGACUAAUCUUUCUCCGGCAAUGCUAGAAAAUGUGAAGAAAUGUAAGAACUUCCUCGCAAUGUUAAUAAAACUAGCAUGCAGUGGAUCACAGUCCCCAGAAAUGGGACAGAAUGUAAAGAAGCUGGUGGAACAACUUUUGGAAGCAAAAAUUGAAGCAGAAGAAUUUACUCGACAACUAUAUGUUGAACUCAAGUCUUCGCCUCAGCCUCACCUAGUUCCUUUUCUUAAGAAAAGUAUGAAUGCCUUACGACAACUUAUACCUAACUCCCAGAGCUUUAUUCAGCAGUGUGUUCAGCAGACUUCUAGUGAGCUAGUUAUUGCUACCUGUGCCACAACAGCAACAUCUUCUCCUGUGGUGACAACAACAAUUUCCUCAAUCCAGUCCGAAAAACCCAUCAUUGUAUCUGGAACAACAACACCCAGAACUGUAUCAGUGCAAACUCUGAAUCCACUUGCUGGUCCAGCGGGAGCAAAUACUGGCGUUGUGACACUUCAUUCUGUGGGUCCAGCUGCUGUAUCAGGAGGAACAACAGCUGGAACUGUUUUGCUUCAGGCUCCAAAACCACUUGUGACAUCUAUACAAAAUACAGUUGCAGCAGUCUCACUUCAACCCGAAACACCAGCUGUCUCUGGGGCAGCAGUAACAUUGACCCUCCCAUCAGUAACUAUAGGAGAAACUUCAGCAGCAGCGAUUUGUCUUCCACCUGUGAAGCCUGUUGUUACUUCUGCUGGGACUACAUGUGACAAGCCUGUCAUUGGCACUCCAGUUCAAAUCAAACUUUCACAGCCAGGCCCCAUUCUUUCACAACCAGCUGCUAUUCCACAAACAGUUAAAGUCAAACAACUAGUAGUCCAGCAACCUUCUGGAGGCAUUGCAAAACAAGGGACCACACUUUCCCAUUCCUCAGCAUUGACCAUUCAGAAAACCGGACAGAAGAUGCCAGUGAGCACUGCAGUACCGACCACACAGUUUCCUCCAGCUUCUAUUCUAAAGCAAAUUACCCUGCCAGGAAAUAAAAUUCUGUCAGUUCGAGCAUCUUCUAUUCAGAAAAAUAAAAUAAAAGAGAAUGGAACAACAUCCUUCAGAGAUGAAGAUGAUAUCAAUGAUGUGACUUCCAUGGCAGGGGUCAAUCUCAGUGAAGAAAAUGCCUGCAUCCUAUCAACAAAUUCUAAAUUGAUAGGCACACUUGUUCAGUCAUGUAAAGAUGAACCAUUUCUCUUCACUGGAGCUCUUCAAAAGAAAAUUUUAGACAUUGGUAAAAAGCAUGACAUUACAGAACUUAACUCUGAUGCUGUGAAUUUGAUCUCCCAUGCAACACAGGAGCGAUUACGAGGCCUUCUAGAAAAACUGACAACAGUAGCUCAGCAUCGAAUGACAACUUAUAAGGCGAGUGAAAAUUACAUCCUGUCUAGUGAUACCAAGUCACAACUCAAAUUUCUUGAAAAGCUUGAUCAAUUGGAGAAGCAGAGAAAGGAUUUAGAAGAAAGGGAAAUGUUACUGAAGGCAGCCAAGAGUCGUUCCAAUAAAGAAGAUCCAGAACAGCUGAGAUUAAAGCAGAAAGCCAAAGAGUUACAACAGUUGGAGCUUGCUCAGAUACAGCACAGAGAUGCGAAUCUCACAGCUCUUGCAGCUAUUGGACCAAGAAAGAAGAGACCACUGGAACCUGGGUCUGGAAGUGAGGGCUUAAAAGAUAACCUCGCUUCUGGAACAGCCAGCCUGCCAGCCGCCAAACAGUUGCUUCGUCCAAGAAUCACAAGAAUCUGCCUCAGGGACUUAAUAUUUUGCAUGGAACAGGAAAGGGAGAUGAAGUAUUCACGAGCUCUAUACCUUGCCCUUCUGAAGUGACCACUCCACUCUCCGUCCAGAUCCUUGCUAUUUACUGCCAAAGAUGAUGUGUAGAACAAUCUUGCACUGUCCUGAAAUUUCAUUUUCUGGAAAAUAUUCACCAUUAUUGAAGACCGUUGUUUACAGUUAUAAACUUUUACUGAUUCUUACCUAUACAGCCCAAUGGGUUAUUAAUAACUGGAAUUCAGCUUUGACUUCUGGAAAUUGGUUAUGAAAUACAUUUCACACAGAAGUAGGCAUCUGCCUACCUUGCAUUUAAUUAUACCAAGUUAAAGCCCUAGGUGUUAACUACCUGCUUCAUUUGCCAAACUGUUAAUAGGUGCGCUAUCUUUCACCAGUGCAGCCUGCAUUGAGAUGCAGGAGAAAGAUGAGAUCACCCCUUCCAAAGGAAUAUGUAUUUCAUCCUUUACUGAAACCGCCUCAAAACAUUAGGUUUUCUGGGCUGGAAUCAAAAGUUGCUUAGCUAAUUAUAACGCGCCUCAACCUAGGACCUAUUUUGACAGUGAUUGACUGAGUCCUAGUGCUGUCAAAAAUGGUACAAAUAGAGAUAUUCUGUGUCUAGGUUGCUGUUCUCUGAUUCAUAUUCCUAUCUAGGUCUUCUGAUACCAAGUAACGGGGCAUGGGAGACCUUAAAAUUGAAGCUGCUGAUAUAUCUCAUUGAAAAAUGGAAAGGGUGAGAGUAUUGGAAGCAACGAUAGGGCAUUGUGUUCAGAUUGAUAAAAGGAAAAUGAAAAUGGAAUCAUAAAGCAGGCAGUGUGCUGCCUGUCCCCAGUGGGGUGAUGGUGGAAUUGGAACUCCAGAGCAACUGGUACAUGCUUUGUUGACAGGAAGAGGUAACAGCUCACCCAAAAAGGAGAAUGUAUCAAACAUUUUCAUAUUACAGUAUUUCAAAAGGAAGAAGCUUUUGUUUGUUUUGUGUAUUGUUUUAAAUAUAAAGAAGCAUAGUUUUGUAAAAAAAAAAUUUUAGUUACUCUUAAGUUUUAAGCAUCUUGUUGCAUCUAAAAAAUCCUAAUUAAUGAUUAAACAUUUUUAACAAUAGGGAACCCAUUUUGGAUUCAUACUCAAAAGGUAAUGUCAGCAUCUCACUCUUGGAGAUCUUGGUUCUAAAUAUACUAUGAGAAGCAUGUUAUAUUUAUUUAUAUAUAUAUAUAUAUAUAUAUAUAUAUACGCACACAUAUCUGAGAAGGAAGUUUUUGCAAAGCAAAACCUUUUUUUUUUUUUAAUUCCACCUGUGAGGCAUGUAUCUGAUAAAAAUAAUAGCUGUAGUUAGAAACAUACAGAAAGAGUGAGUGACUACUCCAAGGUUUUAAAAAACAGGAAAGCUAUGCUUCUUAAAAUUCAGGGGUAAAAAUACACCUCAAGUAUGUUACUCUUCAUCCUGUUCUUUCCACUGGGACUGUUACGGCCAUGUUCUAUACUAGAGUAAGUUUUAAAUUGGCCACAUUUUUUUUGUUUCAGCAAAUUAUGUAAAAUGUUAUAUGUUUAAAAAGUGUAUAUGUUUAAAAAGUGCUUUAAGAAGAGCUGUAUACCUAAAGUUGUUUUUGUAUAUUUAAAUGCUUAGCUUUAUUUUUUUUGUAAAGUGCAGCAUACUCCCAUAUUUGUGUAUGAUCUUAUUGAUCAGAUGUUUAA